AGUGGCAACCGAGCAAUGUCCGCGAUUGUUACUCAAUUCUGAGUCAGUCGCAGACAGGAAAUCGAGCUUUUACGCCUCAAAAUGGAUCAAAUCUUCGCUGUCGUCAGCAACAUUAUCGAUACCGACCAGUGAGCUUUGCUUGAUGAUGGUGGCAAACAAUACCGUGCCCGUACCUCAUAUCAUCGGACGUCGAGAAGGUCAAAUUGAAAUCAUCGACCCCUUGGCAAUCGAAGAGGGGCGCAAACGUCAUGGGGAGAACCGAUACAAACAAAGAAAAACGAUGUCAAAGGGGCGGAUAGGUCUGAUUUGUUGCCUCGUCGUCGUAGCUGCUACCGCCAUUACAUUGGCAGUAUUAUUUGGCGUUAAGGACAGUACUUGCAUGUUCGACUCAUGCCUGGAAAACAAUCCGUCUAAUUCCAGUACAGGAUUCGUCUUCAAAAACGCCGCCGUGGCAGCAGAUAGCGGCACCUGUUCAGAGGUUGGAAGAGAUAUACUAAAGGAAGGCGGAAAUGCCAUAGAUGCCGCAAUAGCGACGAUGCUUUGUAAUGGGGUUUACAAUACACAAAGUCAUGGCAUUGGAGGUGGACAUUUUAUGGUCAUUUACAUUAAAGACAAAAACCAGGUUGAGGUGAUAGAUGCAAGAGAAGUUGCCUCGGGAGACGCCACACAGACAAUGUAUUCUGACAAUCCGGACCCUAUGUCUUCUAGAACCGGUGGUCUUGCGAUCGGAGUACCAGGCGAGAUAGAUGGAUUCGGAUUGGCUCAUCUGCGUUACGGAAACCUUCCCUGGAAAGAUCUCUUCCAACCAGCUAUUCGCAUGGCCGAAGAGGGAUUCAUCGUUGGUACGGCGCUGGCUGAUGCAAUUGCCAAAAGCGAAGACGCAAUAUUGCGACAGCCGAACCUUGUAGAAAUCUUUGUUAAACCAAAUGGCGAGUUGAUGAAAGCUGGUGACGUCAUGACUCGCCCGAAGUUAGCCGAAACACUGAGACGAAUCGCGGCUGGAGGCAGUGAUACUUUCUACCUUAGCCGACUUUCGUACGACAUCGUGGCGGAUAUCCAAGAGGCUGGUGGGAUAAUUACUGUUGAAGAUCUUCUUAGUUACCGAGCAAAGACAAAGACACCUCUCAGGAUACAACUUGGCGAUUUCACCGCGUAUACAGCGCCGCCACCGUCGGGUGGUGCAGUGGUUUCAUUGAUACUCAAUAUUCUAAAAGGUUACAACUUCGACCAAUCAGACCUGGAAACUACAGAGACGAGAAUUCGCACAUACCAUAGGAUCGUUGAAGCAUUUAAAUUCGCAUUUGCCAGACGAACUCAACUUGCAGACGAAGAUUUUGUGGAUCUCACUGACCUUAUUAGCAAUAUGACUUCAGAUAAAUACGCCGAAGAUCUCCGAUGGCAGAUCGAUGACAGUCGAACUCAAGAUAUUGGUGUUUAUGGUGGUAUGUUUUAUAGUCCGGAAGAUGCUGGGACGUCACAUCUUUCUGUCAUUGAUGAAAUGGGAAAUGCCGUAGCUGUUACUUCUUCCAUUAAUUUAUAUUUUGGUUCCAAAGUACGUGGAAGUAGGACAGGAAUUAUUUUCAAUAAUGAGAUGGACGACUUCUCUUCACCGAGCAUGAUAAAUUUCUUUGGUAUACCGCCAUCUGAGGCUAACUUCAUUGAACCAGGCAAGCGCCCCCUGUCGUCUAUGUCGCCGAUGAUAAUAUUGGACAGUAACGAUGACGCAAAAAUGGUCGUUGGCGCUGCUGGUGGGACGAGAAUUAUAACAACGUCCAGUUUGGUGACGAUGAACGCUCUUUGGUUCGGGGACAACUUGAAGAUCGCUGUGACCAAGGAAAGAUUACAUCACCAACUCCUACCUGAUGAAAUUAAAUACGAAACGACAUUCGAACAGGAUGUUUUGGAUGGACUACAGGAUCUUGGAAAUACAUUGACAGAAACUAUGCCAGUUUAUUCUGUUGUAACGUCGAUACUGAGGGACAGUGACCUGCUGCAUGCAUAUUCAGAUGAAAGGAAAGCAGGAGGAUAUCCUGCCGGAUAUUGACUGUUACAAAUCAUCAUUCUAUGCAAUUGUUAUUCUCAAAAUAAACAAAACAUUGUCAGGAACGUGUAGUGAAUGCAA